CACCAUCAUUACCACUACUACCACCAUCAUUACUACUACUACCACCACCAUCAUUACCACUACUACCACCAUCAUUACUACUACUACCAUCAUCAUUACUACUACUACCACCAUCAUUACUACUACUACCACCACCAUCAUUACCACUACUACCACCAUCAUUACUACUACCACCACCACCAUCAUUACCACUACUACCACCAUCAUUACUACUACUACCACCAUCAUUACUACUACUACCACCAUCAUUACUACUACUACCACCAUCAUUACUACUACUACCACCACCAUCAUUACUACUACCACCACCAUCAUUACUACUACUACCACCAUCAUUACUACUACUACCAUCACCAUCAUUACUACUACCACCACCAUCAUUACUACUACUACCACCAUCAUUACUACUACUACCACCAUCAUCACCACCAUCAUUACUACUACCACCACCAUCAUUACUACUACUACCACCAUCAUUACUACUACCACCACCAUCAUUACUACUACUACCACCAUCAUCAUUACUACUACCACCAUCAUCAUUACUACUACCACCACCAUCAUUACUACUACCACCACCAUCAUUACUACUACUACCACCAUCAUUACUACUACUACCACCACCAUCAUUACUACUACUACCAUCAUCACUACCACCAUCAUUACUACUACCACCACCAUCAUUACUACUACUACCACCAUCAUUACUACUACCACCACCAUCAUUACUACUACUACCACCAUCAUCAUUACUACUACCACCAUCAUCAUUACUACUACCACCACCAUCAUUACUACUACUACCACCACCAUCAU